GCAUUUACCCCAAUCACCUCAUCUUGCUUACAUUUUUCUGCUCUAAAAUGUGCUGUAAUUGAACGAACAAGUUUUGCACAACAUCAAAGUGUUACAACGUAAUAAGCCAAAUUCAAUCUUUGAAUAAUGUGUGCCUUUGCCCAUCUGAGAAAUUCAGGAAUAAUUGAUUUACAAAAUAUGACAGAACUUUGAUGAUAUCUGAUUAAUUACGAUAUCUGAUCAAAAAGCAGCACAAGAAAAAUAUUCACUCUGAAGUACAACUAUUUUAUACAUCUAUGUUAUUUCAACUAUUUGAUUACAUUCCCCCACAGGAUUUAGAUCUGCACCAGCGCUGAAAUGUGGUUGUUAAAUACUCAUUUUGUCCAUUUUCACUGCUUUAAUAUUAAAACCAGCUAUGUUUGUCAGCUGAAGAGUAUGUGCAAUUGGAAUCAUCUGUGACCGUGCCUUAAACUGAACGUAAUUCCCUUUCCUUAUGCAUUUGAACACUGAAAUAGGAUUCAGUGCUAUGGGCUAUAUUAACCCAAAAUUAUUUCACUGGUGAAUCAUGGUAGUGUAAUAUGGACAUUGUAAAUGGUAUCAUUAUAAAUGUAAGUAAACCUGAGAUCUUUUGAUACAUUCUCUUAAGAUACAAAUUUAAUGUAUCAGAAGGGAAAGUAAAUUUCUGAUUGAAAUUCGCAUGAAGUUAUCAGUAACAGAGUACAUAAAUGUGUGCCCAUCUGAGAAAACUAAACACACAAGAAAAUAAAAAUAGACUAGAAAGGCCAAACUUAAAUACUGGAUUAAAAUAGAUAUGAAAUCUGUCUUUCAUAUAAAAUUUAACAGCCUUUGGAAUUUAAAUGCCCGACAUUUUGUACAUGUGAAAACAAAAGAGGUAUACAAUGUUUUUUUUGCUGGGCACAAAAAAAGAAAAAUGUUUAAGCAGAGUUAAAAUGUCUUUAAUUAUAAAAAAUUAGGAAAAUUUAAAUGAUUUUAUUGGAGUGUGCACUGUUAUUGUGCCGGCCUGUAACUUAGACCUAGGUCAUUCUGACAUUUCAUAACAUAAUUCUUCUGCAUGAUGGAAUGUCCUCAAUAAUGUUGAGUAACUGCUCUUCCUAUUCAACCAAAAUUGUUUAUUUCAACAGAAAAACUGAAUUUAAUCUUGGACGUUUGGGGAAAACGAUGUCAUAAUACAACAAGCACAGGAUCGGGAAAGGCAGUGACUAGCCACGACCAACCUAUGGAGCCCAUACAGCAGCUAGUCACAUGGUGGAGAGGCAAGGUCAAUCAAGUGCACAUUCAUUGUGUAAGAUGGCAGCCGGCGGAUCCAGCGGAAAAUCGGCUCUACAAAACUAGCAUCCAUUUCAAGUUAACAAGGCUAACCAUGUUGCGAACUCGUCAGCCCUUCAUUAGACGGAACCGUGUGCCCACAGAAGGCAUUGGUCUGUUCUGUAACUACUCACAUAGAGCCUGUAUGCAGCAUAGACUCGAUGGCUUUGACUAUUGUCUCAAGCAUAUUCUGGAAGAUAAAACCAGUCCAUAUAAGCAGUGCAGUUAUAUUUCUACCAAAACAAACAGGCGAUGUGGAAAUGCUGCACCCAGAGCUGAUAGAAGGGAGGGGUAUUGCUUUGAGCACUCACGGAAGUCCUGCUUAUUGAGACAACAGACGAGUAGAAAAAGACGUCCUAACGAAACAGCUGAAAGUCUUCUGGCAGAACUUAAUCACUAUAGUCCAGCCAAGGAAGGCCAUUCAGAUGUGAACAUUGCCAAACUAUUGGGGGAGAGCUUAGCCAGCAGAAUUCUCGAUUAUGGUAGUUCCAGUGAGGAUUCUGACAGUGAGUUGCCUCUGGUGGAGCAGGCAUGGCGAGGUGAUGGGGAGAGCGAUGCAGAAAGCAUUGAUAGUGAACAGGAAGAUCCACUGAAGCAUGCUGGUAUCUACACUGCGGAAGAAGUGACGUUGAUCAUGAAAGACAAGUUGAUUCGUCUCCAGUCCCUUUACAUUGAGCAGUUUAAACGACUUCAGCACAUACUGAAGGAGAAACGACGGAAGUUCCUUCAUACUACAAAAUUGGACAAGGAUAGCCAUGCCCCUAACUUUCCCAAAGGCGACUUGGAAACUCAAAGCAAACUGGCCAAGUUGGCUGCUCUUAAGAGAUACCAUCAAAGGCAUGGCAAGGAAGCAUUACUACAGAGACAGUCAAAGGAGAGGCGAGUAGCAGUCUCAGAGGGGCAGAGCUACAGACCUACCCCAGUGCCCAUGUGUACUCACACAUCUGGAGGGACAAGGUGUCAGGCACCAGCACUACCUCUCACCAAAUUCUGUGCUCACCAUGUGAUGGAUGACCCCCAUCAGGUACUGUUUCAGUCUUGUGGGUUUGCCCAAGGAGAGUGUGGGAGACCAGUCACUGUCUUCAGGAGUCCACAGCUCUGUAAUGUGCAUCUACCCUUGGCUGAACCCAUCCCCCACACAGUACAGGACUCUGAGGAGCAAAGCACUCGUGAUACAGAGAUUCUGUUGGCAGAGAACACCAUGGAGACUUCAGUGCAGUCAGAGCUCUCUGCUGUAGAUGACACUGGGUUACAGUUGCUGGCAGCUCAGUCUUCCAUCCUCUCGGCAGUUUCCAUUGCAUCGGAUGCCCUCUCUGCGUCAUCAGACACACUGUCGGCAACAAUGGAGGAACCGUACAUGUCCUCUGAUGUUCCAUCUGCGUCUUCGGAUAUGGCACCUAAUCUGGCAGACAUACCACCCACAGGAGCAGAAUCACCAUCAGCUUUAGAGGAAACCACCUCACAGUCUGAUAUGUUGUCAGUAGAGAUGCCAGCAGAAUUCUCUGUUUCAUCUAUGGGAGAAUCAGCUGCUGCAUUUCCGUCAUUGCCAGUUGCCUCAUCAUCAUCAAGUGUCCUAAGCAGUAUAGCCAAGGUCAUGGGAGGGACAGUGGCUGCUGGACAUCCAGAGGUACUGGAUGAGCCGCAACACAGUCCCAGUACAUCCACUUCUCAGUCCAACUCGGACAGUUUUCUCAAACCAUUGCCUCUAAGUUCUGCUGUGACCUCUUCCACACUCACUAACUCCAACAGUCCUAGUCACCCAGCUGGUGUGAGCCCCCAGUUCCAGCCAAGCUUAGCCUCAAGACCAUCUCAUGUGGUGACCAGUGAUGCUGCUGCUUUGGAAGAUUCCCAGAAUACUCAAGGGUAAAAGAGCUUGAUGAAGUCAGGAGAGACUGCCAAAAUAUUCUUCACUUUCGUUCAUUCAGUGUUUAAUAUCAGUUUGUGGGAUCUUAUUCAUUUAAAUAAAAAAAUCAAGAUCUCCUCAUGC